CAUUAGAGUUUGGCAGAUGACUACUUUGAAGAGUCCAACCCUACCGGGCGUGCUGCAGCAGCGCAAGAUCUUUUCCCACCGAGCAGGCGACCGGGUACAAGGCUGGAGAGGAGGCUGGACCUUUACCCCCUCCGCUCGGGAGGGCAGCAGCGCCGCCGGGUUCCGGGGCCGGGGGGAGGCACCCACUCUGCCCCGCUGCCCGGGCAGGCGAGCAGCGCCGGGAGGGAAGGCUCGGCGGGGAGCAGCGGCCGGAGGCAGAGGGCAGUGACUCAACGCGGGUGCGCAACAGCCGGUAUACACAGCCGCCGUUCUCUAGAACAGCCUCCUUUCCCUUUUUUCUCUUUUUAUUUUGGUAGCAUGUACAGGCAAAUAUGAGUGUCCCGAGUGCUGAGAAGUGGUCGGCACCUGCCAUUUAAAUGAGCACCUCGAAGCAAAGCUUCCAAAGCCACCACCGGACCCCGAAAACCCUUUUUCAUACCGCCGCUCGCUUCCCGGAUACCGAAAGGCGCGGCGCGGAGCCUGGCCCCGCGGCUCUCCCGCAGUGCACCCCGGAGCCCCGCCGGCCACCUUUUACCUUGAUGCCCUGCUGCUGGGUGGUCAGGGUCAGCUUGGACUCGUCCAAGAGCAAAACUUCGCAGUAAAAUUCCUCCGGGACCGCGCAGAAACAGCCCAUGCCUGCUGCGAUGUCCGGGGAGGAAGAGGGGAGGUGGAAAGAGCCCCGAGCGACGGCGGAGGAGGGGGCUGAGGCGAAGCCGGGGUUGGGCCGCGCCCGGCUCCGCGCCCCGCCGCAGCGGCUGGAGACCGGCAGUGCUACGACUCAGCGCCCAGCCCCACGGGGCCGCCCUCCGCCGCCAUCCCGCGGAACAGCCUGGACGGGGCUUGCCGGGCGCUCACUGUGGGAAAAGAGGAAGAAAACAGGCGCCUUUUCAGGAAGGAGUCCAGGCCACAGCCCUUGCCCGCGGCUGGCUGUCACGCUGCCCCGGGGAGGUACCGAGCCGUCCCCCGCCCCGUCCGCGCACGUUUCCGCGUCUCCUCUUUGUGUGGGGAAGGGAAGUGGCCGGGGGAGCCGUCUCCGCCGCCGCGGCCGGUGGUGUGGAGGUUGUGCGUGUGUCGCCGCGCGGCGACGGCAUUACCUGCGACCGCGGUCCCCACUACUGGAGCGGGGCGGCGGCUGUGCCCGGAGGGCGCGGGGCUGGCGUGCCCCGGCUGCCCGCGGCCAUGCAGGGACGGCGCCGCCAGCCGUUCACCUCCUCCGUUGGCGGAGGAGAGGAGGAAUGUGGGGCGCGACCCGGCCUCCUGCCGUCCGCCGUGCAGGGCUCCCUCGGGCUGCAGGACGCAGGCCUGCAGACAGCACCUGCCAGGCUGAGGAGACGCUGCCGCCCGUGGGUGGCUGGUUCGCGCCCGCCCCGGCACCAGCACCGCCCGGCGCUGUCCGCACGUCACAGUACACGCUGACACACCCGGAGCCGGAGGCCCGCUGCGCUCCCCCUGUGCCGAUUGCCGGCAGCGGGGCGAUGGUCCCAGUCCCGGUUCCCCCGACCCCGGCUCCUCUCGCCGCCGGUCCGGCCGCCGCGGCAGCACUGACCCCUACUGGGCCGCUAGCGGGAGCGCCGGGGCCGCGCUGCCCGCAGGACCGGCAGUCCUGUCCGCGAAGGAGCGAGUUUUGCGUUCGUACUCCGCGUGGGAGGGCUUUAGGAGACGCCGGAGAGUGUCCGGGAGACACCGACUUUGCUAGCAGCCUUGGCAGGAAAAUAUUUUCUCCAGCAUACUGUUAAAUACCGAGCCUGCUACAGAUAUAUUUAAUUUAAAACCCAACAGCCCUGCAGUAUUAAAAAAAAAAAAAAAAAAAAAAAAA